AUGAAGCGAUUACAAAGGCAGCAAGCAAGUAACUGUGUAGAGGAGCAGUCUCUUGAGCGCCUAUGCGCUGAGAGUCUCCGCACCAGAGAUGCUUCACAGAGGCGCUUCCCUUACACUACUGCCACGAAGAGUGCCUCUUUUGUCGCUAUAACGCCAUCUCCAGCUCCAGCAGCACAACGCGUUUCGCCACCCCAUACAAUGAGCAAACUCUUCACAAAGGACGACGAAGAGCUGUUGACUGAACCGCGUUGGGGCCAGGGCGUAGGAUGGGUGGGAAUGUACACGUUUCUCGUGCUUUGCAUAUAUCCAGCAAAGACUUUCCUUAAGCCUCAGAGCCACCAGUAA